GUGAAGAGAACGCGAGUGAAGCUAGGUGUUUAACUCUAGGUGACGGUAACUAAGUGUGCUAGGCACAGACAAGAGCCAAAGAAACAAAGAAAGAGAGAGUGCGCGCGCGCGAGAUAAAAGAUGGGUGCAUUGUUGCCGAGGUGUGUUGCAUUUGUGUCGCUACUGAUUGCAGUCGGUGCGCUGCAGACCGACACCGAUAGCUCAACAGCUCACAGACCGUACAGCUGUAGUAACGACCCACAGUCGGUACGGACACAGGAUGCUUUCCUCACAUCCAACAAGUGCGAUGGCCGGAUGCUGUCGGUUCCUGGCGGUGCAUUGCACGAUUUUAGCAAUCUUCCGGACUGCGGCUGUCCACCGGGAUACACGGCACUGCUGUUACAGUACGGUAGAGUAGGGAGCAGCACGCUGUGUGCUGCCCUGUGGUCACCGCGUCCGUCGCACGAGGGUUGUAUCACCGCCGGUACUGCAACCGAUUACUACGAUCUUCCGUUGGAAGAGCGUCGGUGGUUACGGGACAUGCUGCUCGGCUUAGGCGUGUCGGAGUUUUGGAUUUCGGCACGGCUGCUCACCCCACAGGGGCCCCUAGUGCGUCGGUUAGCCGGUUCCCGCUGGAACAGUCCGCUGCUAGAAGCGUCGAUCCAACGCCAGCACAUCGAGCUCGAUCUGAACCCAAAGAAUCCCGGCUUCCUGUGUGCCGCCGUUGGUGGUCCCGAUUAUGAGCGCAUCUUUAUGGCCAACUGCUCCCGGGCGCUUCCACUGCUCUGCUUGGUUCGACUGCCCUCUCUACUGCAGCUCAACUGCCGGAAGGGUGAAUUGACGACCCGGUACCGCGACAGUUCUGAGCAGCAGUGCUAUAGCGUGCUGCCGGUCAAAGAUCGAGACCGUAACCGUUACCCACUGUUUGAAUAUCGGAUCUUCGUGGUGGACAGUGCCCGUAAGGCGCAUUUGCUGAGUGAUCUGCUUGGGUGGGCCACGAAGAAUAGAAAGAGCUGCCACCUACCUUACUAUAUCGACGCAACCAAGGGUGACAUGCCGCUCGGUGGUAGGCUGGAUGUCGAGCUGCCGGUCGGUGGGGAGAGGCCACCCGAUUGCCUGGUGGUGCAGCGUAAAGCCUGCGACGAGCAGAGAGCCACGGUUCCGCCGACGAUGCACCUGUACUUCGAUAAGGAGCGCCACAAGCUGCUGCUGACCGUGUACGGUCAGCGAUGGUUCUGGCGCGAGAAACAGUCGGCCUCCGGAUUCACCUGCUACACCGAUGCUGGCAGUGAGCUGAUCAAUCCCGUCAAGGUGCGUAUGUUGCGGGGUUACGGAAAGGCGGCACCGCGGCGACGCCGUGCCCAUCCCCGGGGAGAUCCCGUCGAACCGCACGAGCCUGGCGGCGAGAUGACGCCGGAACUGGAGCUGCCUGAACGCACCCUCUUCGAGCUAAUGUUGGAAGACGGGCAGCCCGGACUGUACUGGUGUGAGGCGCACCUACUGCCGAACUUUACGCACCUCGUCACUCCGACCAUGCUCGCCUAUCGGAAACUGGCAGAGGGCAGAACGUUUUUCGCAAUCAUGCUGGACGCGUGGCCACUAGUUAACAACGCACCGUGGGCGAUGCGCCCGAAGGACUACCGGGUACUAGUGAAGGACGCACUGAAACGAAAUAGGCACCUGGCGAAGGUAAAAGACGUUUACGGUGCGCUCAAGAGCAUGCAAGUAAGGCAGGCGAUGCCGCUACGUGGUGAUGCAGCGGUGCAGCGGCAGCCCAGCAGCAAUCAGACCAGCAGCCAGCCAGUUCGCCUGGUGCUACACCUAGCGAUGGCACGUAUCGAUGACUGGACUGAUCACUUCACGGGCGCCUGGGAAUUCGAAGAGAACGUGAUCGCACUACCAAAGCAGUAUCUGGCCAUCUACCGGAUGCGCCAGUGUUUGCGCGAUGCAUUCGAGAUGGUUAGCAGCGCCAGCAACGACGUUCCGUUCCGUUUGCUCGGGGUUAACAGCACUGAGUACUGCCUGCCGGAUCGCUUGUCAGUGCCCGUGUCAGCGCAGGACGGAAACGUGUGGUGGGCGGCCCGCCUCGGCGAAACGAUCGCACCCCAGAACCUAUGCGUGGUCGAGCGCAAUGGUCUACCGCCGACACGGCGAUGUUUGGGCGACUACUUGCACGGAUGCGCCUGGGAGCAUGACCGGCUACACCCGCCGGACCGAUGCUCACGGAUACAGCAAUCUACUACCGGUGCCCUGUACCGGUACAGUGCGACACCACUCAACGAUACACCUGCGCUACGGAAUGCUUUCGGUACAGUCGGGCAGGUCCUUUCCAGGCCAGCUGCUCUCAUACCGGCCGAUCUAUUCUACAUCGCGAAGACGCUGGAAAAUGCGCGCGAUGUGCUGGUACCGGUGAAUAGUCAGGCGCCGCUCCUCAGCGAUCCCCAGCUUUACUGCAACAUAACCGCCAUCAUGAGCCGCAUCAUGUACGUUAACGAAUCGGUGGUGACCGCGUCGCAGCGUGCUCUCAACACCACCAACAUACUUCUUUACGCGACCGAAACGAUCGUGAAUCAGCUGUCGGCGGUGCGGCUCGACGGUACGAGCGUUCCUACGAAGCGCUACGAAUGCGAUCGAGUUGGUAGUGAUGGUGCGUCCGACACUAACCGGACGAUGGUCGACGGUACGGUAGUGUUUCGAAGCGCCCGGUUGAUAGUGUUGAUAGCGGAUCCUGCCGUAGCGAACGUAUCCGGGGUGGCACUGAUCAGACGGGCCGGUGGCCACCAGAACGACUCACUCGAUGCUGAGGACGAUUUUACGCAGUACACAAUGAGGUUUCUACACGCUAAUCAGUCGCAGCAGGCGUUGCUGAAAGAGGAAGGACUUGAGAUUGGUGUGUUCAUACCACAAUCCGUCCUCGAGGGGCUGGCUACACUCUAUAGCGCUAUGCUGCUGCACACUAGCGAACAGGAGGACCCAGUAGAUGGCCAGAAUCCGGAGAAGGCGGAGGAGGAAGAAGAGGAGGAAGUAGUAGAAGAGGGAGUAGCCAGCAGCAGUACGGCUACGGAUCCAUCAGUAACGCUGGCUGAGGCACCCCCUCCACCGGUACGCAUCGUCAUCGCGAUCUUCUACAACGAUCGGGCAUUCCGAGAGACCCGCAAUGGGACGAUUGCACGUCCGAACGCCAAGAUAAUCAGCGUCAGCCUGCCGGGCUAUGGUUCGCGCAUGCCGGACGAGAUACCGAUCUAUACACGGGAACACUCGGCGCCGCAAGGGAACGGUACAGAUCCCGCUACCGGUCGCUGCGGCUACUGGUCGUUUGAAACGCCGAACCAGGAGGACCAAUUUGGCCAGUGGGCAUUCGAUGAGUGCCGGCUCAUCGGAGAGUCUGGGGUGCGCAAGUUGUGCGGUUGUUACCACCUGACGUCCUUCUCGCGGCUCACGAUGGACACGCAACUUGUUGAAUCGGUCGGUGUAUCGCAGAAGCUGAUCGCUGACCAGGCGACGUACGCGCUGGACGUAAUCACCGCGAUCGGUUGCUCGAUGUCACUGCUCGGUGUGGUCGGUAUCGUCGCGACUGCCGCGCUCUUCCCGUCGUGGCGGGCGAAGGCGAGCAGCAAGAUACUACUGCAGCUGUCCGGUGCGAUCGCCAUCGAGAUGAUCAUUCUGUUCGUCGAAGGACCAGACAUCGAUCUGCGGCGCAUCAGCCGAAUCGAGUGUGCCCUGCUCGGCAGCACCCUCCACUACAUCAUCCUCGUUACCUUUAUGUGGAUGCUGGUGACCGCAUACCUGCAGUUCCAACGCUACGUUAAGGUGGUCGGUCGGCUCCGACCGGCACAUUUCAUCCUCAAAGCGACUGCCCUGUGCUGGGGCCUGCCGCUAGUCCCGGUCAUCACCUUUCUUACGACCGACUACGCGCUUUACCUGAAACGUGACAACCUGUCGGACAUCUGCUACCCGCACGGGGCCGCCCUCUGGUACGGUCUGCUACUACCGAUCGCCGCCAUCGUUCUGCUCAACCUGGUUAGCUUCGUCGUGGUGCUGUACCAUAUCUGCACAAUCCGGGAACGGAACCCAAACCGAGCCGGUAAGGUAACUGACCACGACCUCACGCUCGCCCAGCUGCGCCUCUCCGUCUUUCUUUUCUUCUUACUCGGUCUGCCCUGGAUCUUCGGCAUGCUGACCACCGGCACCGAGGAGAAGCUGUUCGCCUACCUCUUUUGUCUGACCGCACCGGUGCAGGGGUUCGUGCUGUUUCUCUACUUUGUCGUGAUGGAUCCGGUCGCGCGCCGGCUCUGGCUCGUGCGACUUCAUCGCUGCAUCAGCGCAGCCACAGGCAAAACUGCGUCCUUUAAGGACACGGACAUGGAGAAGGAAACGACUGCCACACCGAGCACUACGCUCAAUACACAGCUCUAGAUAGCUCUUUCGCUCUUUCUCUCUCUCUCUCUCUCUCUCUCUCUCUCUCUGUCUGUCUUUCAAACACAUAUUUUCUUUUCUCAG